CCUUCAACCAUUUCUUCACAUUUUUCAUUAUUUCCUCUUUCAAACAAAACAAAAAAAAACAAAACACAUUACAUUAUGGCUGAUCUUAGCCAUAGCUCAGCCCAAACACACAGACCCACCACCACCACCAACGACUCCUCCUCCGCCGUCUUUCUAAGAAAGCUUCAAGACAAUCUCCACACACCAAACUCAACCCAACUUGCUGGUAUCUUAACACUUCUCGUUACUGGAUCCAUUUUCCUCCUUCUCACCGGUUUAUCCGUCGCCGGUACCGUUAUCUCUCUCAUCUUCUUCUCGCCGUUGAUCAUUGUUUCAAGCCCAAUAUGGGUUCCGGCGGGUACCUUCUUUUUCCUUCUCGCCGCUGGAUUCUUGUCCAUGUGUGGAUUUGGUGUUGUCGCUGUAGCUGCUUCUUCUUGGUUGUAUCGUUACUUUAGAGGUCUUCAUCCACCCGGUUCAGACCGGGUUGAUUAUGCUCGGAGCCGGAUUUAUGAUACUGCAUCGCAUGUUAAAGAUUAUGCUAGAGAAUAUGGUGGGUAUUUGCAGAGUAAGGUUAAAGACGCAGCGCCAGGGGCUUGAACCAAACCGGUUCGGUUUUUAUUUUCUGUCGUUUAUAUCAUAAAUGUUGAACCGGGUUGGACGGUUUUUUUUGUUAAAUGUUAGUAGUAUUAUUAUUAUACUUUGCGUAAUCGUAAUGGUUAGUAGAAUUAAGAUGUCAUCUUUUUGUUAACUUUCUCUUUGGUGUGAUGCGAUCGUGUCUGUCUAUGUCUCUUACUGUGAUAUGGGCAUGAAAGAAUCACGAAUAUUCCCUUUUUAGUGUCGAAUAUAUUAACGUUUGUUCUUUAUCAUCA